AUGCGGUACAUUGCAUGGCUUGGCGUCAAGUGCAAGGUGUUCAAUCUUGCAAGUGUGCGGCGUGAGAUGACUGGCGAGAUGCGUGGGAAACUGGAUGGUCAUUUAGGGGCUGGCAGCAACGAUCCGCGAGCUGCAGUGCUAAGAGCCGAGGUUCAAGAGGAGGCGGAACGGCAAAUCGAGGCGUUUUUCGAGGGCGGCGGCCAGGUUGCUAUUUACGAUGCCAGCAACAGUAAUAGCAAGAGCCGCGAGGAGAUACGCCAGCGGUUUAUGUUGCUGCAAGUGCAAAUUAUGUUUAUUGAGUGCAUGUGUGACGACCAGGCCAUGGUGAAUCGCAACAUCCGGUUCAUUUACCAGUUCAGCCCGGACUAUGCGGGGUGGGUUUGGGAAGACGUACAGCGCAAUUUCGAAGCGCGUAUUUUGCAAAACGAGCUGUGCUAUGAACCGAUUGAAAACGCCACGUUUCCCCAUAUUCAGCUGCUUAAUUUUGGGGAGCGCAUUGUGGUAAACAACAAUGCGGGGUAUUUGCAAAACCGUCUUGUGUUUUUUCUCAUGAACGUGCACAAUCGCGAGCGAAAGAUCUAUUUUGCAAGGGCUGGCGAGGCGCUUAUCGAGCACUCCUACAAAGCCGACGCGGAGCUCUCUUCGCUCGGUCUGGACUAUGCAAACGCGCUAGCCACGUUUGUCUCCAAUUUGCACGAGCACACACUCGAUAUGACCGAAGAAAAAGCGCAUAUUUCGCAGCGACACACCGUCUCCUGGCUUCACGGCGUAAAAAAACAAUCUUUAGAGCACGAAGAAAAGGAGGAGAAGCGCGGUUUGGAGGUGUGGUGCUCGACACGCAAGCGCUCUGUUCUCACUGCUGAGCCUUUCCGCAAGCUGGGGUACAAGGUUCUUGAGCACACCCGUCUUGCCGAAAUGAACCCGGGCGUCGUGGACGGCUUGUCACAGGCAGAGAUCCUGCAUCGGUUCCCCGGCUCUGUGGAGCAGCGGGAAAAAGAUCCGUAUAGUUUUCGCUUUCCCCGCGCGGAGAGCUAUCAUGACUUGGCUAUCCGACUCGAGCCGAUCAUCUUUGAAUUGGAGCGCACAAGGGACGAUAUGUUGAUUAUUGGGCAAUCGUCUGUGCUCCGCUGCUUGAUUGCGUAUCUACAAGGAAACAAGCCCUCCCAGAUACCCUUUAUCCAAGUCCGCGAAGGCGAUUUGGUCGAGAUUCAGCCUCAGCCUUUUGGCGUUUCCUCGCGUGUAUUCUCUUUCUGGGAUCCGAAAAAGAAGCGCGUGGAGAGAGAUAUCGAGUUUGCGACGCGCACUGCAUUUGCAAUGGCAAGGGAGGAGAGUAGCGGGAAAGACGUUGAUAUUGAUCAGGUACUCAAAGACGUCAAGGAGUUUGCAUUACGCAGUGGUCCAGCUGCAUAA